AUGUCUAGCGGACCAUCUCGGAAACGGCCGCCUGCCAGAAGGCCCGUGCAGAAUGCAUCUGGAAUUCCAAUUAGAAAGCACGGUGCUGUCAAGUCGGAGGCUCCCAACACGACGCCAUCCACGUUACUUGAAAUUUUGUCCGACCCAACCAAAAUAUCUGCAAGUUCCCUAAAAGACACAAAAAAGUUAAUUCAAGAGCUGGAUUUGGAUGCGCGGCGCAGCUUUGUUAUGCAAGUACUGAACGCGAUAUCGACAACCAUUAAUCAGAUAUACAAGACCGGCUGGACGCGUGGUGUCGACACAUCUACUUAUACAGAGGAACGUGUUCAGGCCAUCUGUGAAAUCGGAAAUGCAGCCCUAUCCGCUCUCCGGUCUUUCAAAGUGGAUAUAAAUUCCGAAAAGGCUGCCCUCAGCCUGGUCGGCCGUCUAUUGGCACUAAGAAUGUUUGAACCAGCAUUCUCAAUGGCGAAAGAGGUGAAAGUCAAUUUAGAAACACUCCUUCUCGAAAGCUCGCCCGCAGCCGAGCCGGCGGAUACUUGUUCAUCAUACAUGGAAAUCCGACAUCAGGCCAAUGUGGUCCCAGACUUGGUCAUAUUGGUCGUCAAAUGCCUAUCCUACAUCCUGCAGCUCUCGCUCCACUCGGUACCCAACGGACAUUCUCAGACGUUGGUGGAACUGUUCCAUACGAACAAAGAAGCCACUAAAAGAGGCGACCUACUAUGCUGGCUGCAGUCUUCAAAUAGUAGCAACAUCAGCGAACAGCUCUUGCCGAUUUGCACUGCGAUGCUCAAGUCAGUGGAUAUCGGUGUCAGCAAAUUUUCCCCGCUACGAGCUACUGAACUUCGUAUUUAUGCGGUUCAAUGCGUGCUUAGCGUUGCGACAAUCGACGAAGCACGCUGGAUAUGGAGACAUCUGCGCAAUGUGACGUCCUCAUUUAAGAAGUCGGCACGCAAACUGAAUGGGCCAGAAAUCGAAUCGGUGUAUUCCUCAGUUCGAGCAUGUGUUGACAUCGCUGAGACAAGAAUGCCUGUUCAUGAGUUUGAAAAUGAACCAGGCUUUGUACAGCUGAAAGAGCUAUGUCCAUCCCUUGGCGAUGUACAGGCCCACAAAACCGCGCGUGGUCAAAAACAAGAGAGCUCGUCGGUCCAAGCCGUGAUCAUGUCAAUUGAUCGCAUGUUGGAAUCUAUGCCAGAUGGCGACAUUCGCCAGGAGUUGCAGUCUGCAUGUCAAGGUUGGAAAACAGCUUUGAACAGGACAAACGAGGACGUACAGCUAGAUCACAUAUUCCGCGUACUGGAGAGAUUUCGAAGGAGAUUUAUAAACAGACAGGGAGAUACAGUUGUCGCCAUGGCGAAUCGAAUCCUCUUAACCACAUAUACGACCAUCCACUCGAUUGCAGCUUUGCCGUCCUCUUUAGCGCCUCACGUGCUCUCCGGAAUUGUCGAGAUCCAGAUAUACCUAUCUAAAGUGACAUUAGACAAAGCUAAUCCGGGUACCUACGAGGAGUCGUAUCAGCAUCUUGAGGCCGCAAGCAGUCUUAUAUCUGGUGCUUCAGAUAUAGACAAGGAUCGCCAACGCACCAACGACCUUCUUCGAUGUAUCUCAGGAGCAUCGUGGAACCAAGGCUCUAUUCUGUACCAAGCAAAUCACUGGGAUCAUUCGAUCCCAUUCAUCGCACAUGGUGUCUCUAUCGACCAAAUUCUCAUUUCUUGUCUCAAGGACGGUCGUAUAGACAGCCAAAAGGACGCAUGGUCCCAAUUCUUCUCGCAAAUGCCACGGAGAAUCUCGCUACUAGGCGGAUGCUACAUGAGGCUUGGCGAAAACAAGACAUCCUAUGAAACGUAUAUCAAGGCACUCGAAUGUUGGCUGAUCCUGAGUAAACGGGAUCUGGACCAGAAGUGUCCUGUCCUUUCCAGUGCCCAAAUCAAUGCGACCCUUUUCAGUCAACUUUCUUGUGGAAUCAUAGGGAAGAUUACCACCAUUGGUGCGUUUAAUCUUCGACUCGGACCAGAGCUGUCGUUGGCAGGGGUGGGAGAGCAACAUUCUCUUUCCAUGCCUCUAAGAGGCUCUAUGAUCGAGUCUCAAAUUCAAACAUUGGCUCGCGGUAGCCGAAAAGGCAGACUCGACGCGGUGAUCUCCCACCUCUUUGACACAGCUACGCAUUUUUACUCGGAUGAACAUCCCAUUCGAUUGGCGAGACUUCUACUUGUGUGGCUAGAAUACGCAUACUGCAGAGGCUACGGGUCCGACGAGACUCAGAGGCGCUUCGCGUUGAUUAGAGAUUCUCUUGACAGUGACCCGAAGAUGGAUCUGAACUUGAUUCAUUUGCGCACUCAGUAUCGUCUCCUCUGGCACUGUUGGCAAUGCAUAUAUGCCCAUAAGGGUUGUGAUAAACGCCUCCUGGAACAGAAUGCCGCAAGUUUGCUUGAAAUCAUUAUCAAUUGCACUGGGCGUGAUGCUCUGCGUUCACCAGAUGGACCAACUCCAGAUUAUGAUCAUUCAGACUCAUUUCCAGCGGAGCUCGACGAUGCUGACUGGUUCUGGGGCACACUAGAAAGAACUUGGAAGCUUUUUGGCGUGAUAGGGCUGGUCGAAAUGAAACUCUACAUCCUCGAUGCAACCUGCCGUCUAUUGCGAUCACGCGGGUAUGACAAAGAGAAACAAUACUAUUUCAAUACCUACGCUGCAUUAGCAGACCAAUGCCUCAACUUCGAACUCUAUGAACAGUCGAAGAAAAUUUUUGAGGAAUGCGAGAUCAUAAUACGCGAUCAACCCAUAGCAGCAACGGAACACUCUGCCUUUCUUUUACGAUAUGCAUACUUCUUGGUCACGGUCGGGGACCUAAACAAGGGGAAAGAACUUUAUACCGAGGCCCAGGCUAUCAUUUCUGGCGCUGAUUGGGGGUUGGCCAACAAUACGGACCCUAUAUAUAAGCUGCGUUGUAGAAUCAAGCGAUCGCAACUAGCAGCGCUGGCUUGUUCGACGCAUGCUAGAAUCAAGUUGGCAGACGCGCUAUUAUCAGAUGCCCUUCAGAGCUAUCUACAAGCCCUUCGGAUUUUCAACUCAGUAAUCGAGGCAGCACAAGGGAUCUUGGAGGUCGAAUCCACUCCCAAAGAACGAAAUCCAUUCGAUAUGACCGACAUGGCUGGAACCCUUCCCGAAACGGGCGAUCCUCCCGACGGUGCUCAAGAAACACGAACACGCUUUUACAACACGGCGCAGAUCGAUGGAUUAAACUGGGAACUGGCAAAUCAUCUCUUGAACGUACAGCUGGCUAUCGCGCGUCACCACAUCCUCAAAGGGACCUACAGGGAAGCAGAAUAUUUCGCCCAGGAAGCUUCAUGUAUUGCGGGAGCCAUACUUGCUCCGAUUCGAUUGUUGAUGGUCAAUAGCUUGCAACUAGAGAUUGCCCUUCAUCUUCGAUCCGCGUCCAAAUCUUCGUCCUAUCUCCCCAAAUUGGACCUUCACUCCAAAGAUGAGCCAUUCAUCGGCCACGCGUACAUGCUUUUGCUUUUAGCGUUCAAUCGUGAGAGGAAUGGAGACACGGAAGAGGCAAAGAGCUACCUUGACAGCGCAUUUGCCUCACUUGCGGCAACAAAUGCUAGGCUACUGCAGGCUGGAUUGGACACAAACAAAAAUGCAACGAAUAAAGCACAAGAGUCGCUCGCAAUAGCACUUUUACACCGACGUGCAUUCCUGAGUAUGGACGAGAGCCAAGACGAAUUGCUAGAUGAUCUCAAUCAGUUGGACAACAUGGACGCUAUUCUUAUCAUGAGAAGCUUGCUAGUGUGCAAGGUCGCGUCGGAUCAGACGACUAAGAUCUUCAACUCGCACCCGGAUCUACAAAGUAUUGGCAGUUCCAGUUUGAAGCUUCCAUUAGUCCCUAAGAGACGGUCCAAGAAGAGCUGGAACGGUGCAGAAUCUCAAUUGGUUGAGGUUCUCGCAGAACUUGAAGAACAUAGCAAGGAGGCGACCCAGUCUAUCUUCCUUCGAGGAGCUGUCCACCAGCUCCGCGAGGCCUGCAUGACACUAGUCUUUGCGCUUGUUUCUCAGCUCACUCUCAAGAUUGAAGAUGAUGAAAAACAUUGGCUUGUGGCACAUUUGCUUGAUACGUCCGCCGCGCCUUCUCUGGAAAGGGAGAUGCUAGACUGCAUCAUAAGUCGGCGCGAAAAACGAGGCACUGCUCAAGACUUGCAAUGGCCCGACCUUGUACAGCAGCGGCACGAUAUUCCUCCGACCUCACGCUCCUCUUCGCUCUCAUUCCAACUCGAUAUCAAGCCGGAGCAGCAAGAUAUCUAUGACCAAUUCUGGAAUAGUGUAGAACAACGACUUCGAUCAUCAUCGAUCGAAAUUGUGAGCUCGGGGCGACCACUUCCAGCAACUUGGACAGUCAUCACAAUAAGCUACGACGAAGCGAGGAACACUCUAAUAGUGGCUCGUAAUCGUCAAGACAAGUGCGAUCUCUUCAAAUUGCCUCUCAAACGUGGCGCCCGCAGAGAACAUGAUGAAGAGCCAGAGGUGUUGCCCUUAGGGAGUGUGGUCAAGGAGCUCGAUGAUAUUAUUGCAUCCAGUGUGCGGAAUGGCAGAAAGGCGGCCGAGGUUGCAGGCAAAGGACGUAACGCCAAAGCUCGCUGGUGGGCCGAACGAAGCGAAUUGGAUGAUCGGUUGAAAACUCUCCUGGAGAAUAUGGAGUAUUGCUGGUUCGGUGGUUUCAAAACCAUAUUCUCCAAGCGUUUGAAUAUGACCCGGGAAUCUCUAAUGGUUCUCCAGAACGGGAUAAAUUCAGUCUUUGAUGAGGUCAUUGGUACCCAUGGGCGAAGCCGGUCGCAGCCGAAGAAUAUUGAUCCGUCGCUGGUCGAAUGCAUGGCCUCGCUUACUCAUGAUUGUAAGGAUGAGGAGCUCGAGGAUCUUGCAUACUAUAUUCUCGACUCUCAUCAGCUCGUAGGCCAUCGACUUACGGAAAGGCAGGACAUGAUGACAAUUCUCAAGAAGCUAAGAAACAUUCUCAAGGAUCAAGUCAAGGAUACCGAGCUAGGAUGCUUGGACGAGCAUAUGUUUCUUGUUCUUGACAAGGAGCUUCAAGGCCUUCCUUUCGAAAGCAUGCCAAUUCUACGCGGUCGGCCAGUUAGUCGUAUCCCAUCCCUAUCUUUCCUCCUGGAUAGACUGGACCUUGCAAGAAUGAUACGACGCGGACGAGGAGAUGCAGCGACAAUAGCAGCCGCGGAUGGCUUGCCAUUGGAUCCUGCCAACGUUUUCUAUCUCCUGAAUCCAGAGGGAGAUCUCAAACGCACGGAAGAAACUUUUGCGCCCUGGUUACGCCAAAUGUCAAAGGUCGGCUGGAAGGGGAUCAUAGGACGCCGACCGAAUGUGUUCGAGGUACAACAAGCUCUGGAGACUGCUGAUCUCUUCAUCUACUUUGGUCACGGAGGAGCGGAGCAAUACAUCCGAGGCAGCAAGAUUCGGGCGCUGAACCGGUGUGCAUCUACCAUGCUAUGGGGCUGUUCUUCUGGCCACAUGGCAUAUGCCGGAGACUUUGACAGAAGUGGUACACCCUACAACUAUCUUCUUGCUGGUUGUCCGUUACUGGUGGCCAACUUGUGGGACGUGACCGACCGAGACAUUGACAAGUUUGCCCAUUCUGUCUUCUCGAUGCUCCGGCUAGAUGCGGAGAUGUAG